AAUUUUCUUCGAGCGACUGACGAAGCAACGGCGCACUGGUGCAGGGUGGGACCGCGGUGCUGAAAUAAUUCAGCGCACAAAUAAUCAGCCGCGCGACACAGCAGCCCCUCGUGCGCUCCAGUCCAAGGUGGGCCUGGAUACCCGCCGCAGCGCCGCGUGCUGCGAGCCCCGCUGCUCCUGCAAAGUUAAGUGUGUGUCGCCCGCUGGAUGCCGUCAAAACAGAAAACGUCGAGGCUCAACACAACGAUGACCCUCCAUCCUCCCACCGCGUCGGCGCGUCGGGCCGUCCUGCGCUUCUGGAGCUAUCAACGUGAAAAAAAUGUUCCUUAUAAGAGGCACGAGGAGUCCAAUUUAGAGCCAUUUCACGGCGUUGAUAAGGCCUGUGGUGAUGGAGGCCCUGGUGGCCAACGGCGUGCAGUUCAACUCCAACACCACGACGCCGAACACCCUGAAGGUCCGCCUGCUGCAUCAGCAAUCGGCUCUCUGAGCCGUUCAUCACGGAGUGAUUUGUCGCAGGGCUGCAGCGUCUAUAGGGAGGGGAAGGGGGUAAUUAUAAACGCGCCUCCAGAAAUGAGUUAUUCACCCACUCGCUGCAAGUUUGAUGCACGCUGGCGCGGUGGUGGCGGCGUCAUCCGGAGGCAGCAGUGAGAGGGGGGAUGGGAAGGGGCCCUACGCCAGUAGGACAGUAAAUCACAUGGGCAUGAAAAAAAUGAGAGAAAUAAGAGGGAGAAGGGGUGUAUGAAACAGUCUUGAAGAAUUAGUGAUAUCCGUCCUGGCGUUUGGCGUUCAAUCUUCGUCUCCUGCUGCUCACCAUUGCAGAGAUAUUUAGCCUCCCCUCAUUUUAUUGGUGGAAACAGCGCCCUCGUAGAAAUAAUCGUCGGUGUCGCCGUGCGCUGUGCUUCACAGCUUAACUUAUCAUCGUUUGAAAAU